AUUCCCUUUAUUUUUUCACCUCGCCGCCAACACCUAGGCCGCUGGCACCGUCACCGGGCGUCACGGGCCGACGGCACCGUCGCAGCCGACCACUUCCACCACCUACUCGCCGCCAAUGCCCCCGCCGCCGGCACCGUCGUCGAGCGUCGGGGCCGACCGCUUGCACCACUUGCUCAGGCUACCUCCUACGCCGACCCUUCAGUUGCUCGCCCUCCUCCUACCCCACCCCCACCGGCAUCCAGCACCUGACGGAUGGCACCCUCGCCCCUACCGGCAUCCAGCGCCUGCCGGACGGCAGACGGCACCCACGCGUUCGGGCUAACUGCCGGCCGCCGUCUCGCCUUCGUCGGGCUAACUGCCGGCCGUGGCCUCGACCUCCGGCACCUGUCGGAUGGCAACCACGCCCUUGCCUCCGCUGGGCCGACUGCCGACCGCCAGCCGCGGCCUCCCUCCAAACCCGCACCCCUUUUCCAACCCCGGCACCUCCAAAAAAUUGAUGCAAUUACUUUUGUGAUUCUUCUAUUCUUCCUCCAUUCUAUCGAUAUUCUCUUCUUCCUCUGUGCUGCUGCCGCGACUCCCAGCUUGCUGCUCCCACGAGUGUUCUACUAUUGGCUGCUGUGCUGGCUUGGUCUUCAUUUCCGCCUACAGAUCCCCCUCCGUUUCGUCAGCCUCUAGCAGGGAUGUAUUCCUUCCCUUAUUUCUUUUUGUUCAGUCUCUUUGAAUCCUGCCUUCUUGAUACAUUAAAUUGCUAAUGUUCUUCUUUAUUUGCUUUGAUAAUUCUUAAAUGUUUGCUGAAAUGUUUAGCUAGCAUAUCCAACAUUUUCUAUUUGGUUUAGGUUAUUACUGAUGUAUAAACCAUUCUAUUCUAAUUUAGUUUACUCUUCCAUUCUAGAUCUCAUUUUGGCACAGGUGCACUACCUCUUCCUGAUCAUGGAUACGCAAGCCUCAGUUCAUAAUGGACGAAGGACCAAGUGCUUCAAGAGAAUCAAGACGUCCAGUUACCCGUGGCCGUCCACGCCGCCGUGCAUCACAAAUUUUGGUUCCGCAACCUGACAUUGCAGCUGCUCAUCAAAAUCGCCUUAAACGACGGAUGCUUAUGUAUGCUUAGAGAACAGGAGAUUCCUCCAUGUCAACAUCAAACACUACAAGUUUGGACACCUUUCGGACACCUCCUUCACCGAUAUCAACAUCAGCCUCACACACCCAGCACCGUAUUAUUGGUACCAUCACAGCCUCCCAUUCAUCAGAGUCUAUUCCAACAACUUCAAAUCAAAUAUUUAACCACAAAAGAACAAUCUUCAGUGCUUUAAAUCUUGGAGGUCCCCGUUGUUCCUGUCAACAUUGUGGUGCUUUGUUUUGGUAUGAAGAGCAUCUUCGGCGUGAUAGGAACACACCAAACCCAAAAUAUAAUUUAUGUUGUAAAGAUGGCCGCAUCCUUCUUCCACCAUACCAGCCUCCCCCACAACUCCUCCUAGAUUUGUUAACGCAACAUGGAAACCCUCUUACAAGACACUUCUUUGACCAUAUCCGACAGUACAACACCAUGUUUGCAAUGACAUCAAUGGGAGCUAAAGUAAUUGAAUCCAUAAAUGAUGGCCGUGCUCCAUAUGUUUUCAAGAUAAGUGGUCAGGUCUGCCAUCGAGUGGGUUCUUUAAUGCCAUCUGAAGGCCAUCGACCAGAAUAUGCUCAGCUGUACAUAUUUGAUACAGAGCAUGAGGUCUCCAAUCAAAUAAAUGUUGCUUCAUCUUCUUCUCGUGCUCCAUUUCACGCCAAUCAGAAUAUCAUUGCUUCUCUCAUAGAAAUGUUAGACAUGCACAAUCCAAUUGUCAAGCUAUUUAGAACAGCAAGGGAAAGAUUAUUAGGUGAUUCAUCUGAUCAGUACCACAUUAGGCUAUUUGGUAAAGCGGAUGCACAUGGAGAUAUCUAUAGUGCUCCAGUCGCAUCUGAAGUUGUUGGUCUGAUAGUUGGUGAUAUUGGCCAAACUGAUGUUGGUAGGGAUAUCAUCAUAGAGGAUCGCUCUUCAAGGUUGCAACGAAUAAAUGAACAACAUUGCAAGUUCAUGGCCAUGCAAUAUCCAAUAUUAUUUCCAUAUGGAGAGGAUGGUUACCAUGAAUCACUUAUGUAUCGUCAAAUAGGAAGGUCUCUCUCUCAAGCGUUCAAAGGCAACUAUGGCUGAGUACUUUGCUUAUAGGCUACAUGAUAGGCCAUCAGAUUCCAACACUCCAUUAAGGUGUGGAAGAUUAACCCAAGCAUAUGAAGUGGAUGCUUACUGCUCAGUUGAGGGAGAAAGAAUUGAUCACUAUCGAACCCCAAGUUUCCAGCGAAAAUAUAGAUCAGCACCAUACAACAGUUUAGCAAACUCUGUUUCAAGUGGUAUUAGAUCUGCUUCCUCCGUUGGCCAAAGAAUUAUUCUACCAGCCUCAUUUACUGGAAUCCCUUGCUAUUUAUAUCAAAAAUACCAAGAUUGCAUAGGGAUUUGCAGAAAGCAUGGUUGCCCAGAUUUGUUCAUCACAUUUACUUCUAAUCAUGCUUGGCCCGAAAUUAUGGAGGCUCUACCUCCAGGCCUCCAACCUUCUAACCGACCAGAUAUUAUCGAUCGAGUUUUCAAAAUGAAACUUAAUAUUCUAAUGUAUGAUAUAAAGAAGAGAAAAUUCUUUGGCCCCAUCAAUGCAGGUAAAAAUUUCCCUACCCAUGCUUUGUUCACAUUACUUAAUUUUCCUAUCUCUAAAAACAAGAUAUCUAUGUGCAGUUGUUUACACAAUUGAAUUCCAGAAACGUGGCCUUCCCCAUGUGCAUAUUAUUAUAUGGUUAGCAAAAGAAGGGCCCUUUGAUGCUGCAAUGAUAGAUAACUUCAUCUCUGCCCAACUGCCAGAUCCUACAACCGACCCAAUUGGAUAUGCGGUUGUUUCUUCCCACAUGGUCCAUGGUCCUUGCGGUGCUCUAAACACCUCUUCCCCAUGCAUGUCUGAAGGAAAAUGCUCCAAAUUCUACCCCAAACAGUUUUGUGAGAAGACAACCAUCCUUGAAAAUGGUUUUGUCCAGUAUGCCCGCCCUAACAAUGGUUUAGUUGUCACCAAAAACAAUGUUGAUAUUG